UCCGUUGAAGAUUGCAGAAUCAUCGAUGUCAACAACGUCGACUCCGGCGGCACCACCACCAGCAGUGGAAGAUGCCUCUACCUCGCCGCCCUUACCCAGGAUUGCGGACAUCUCUGAGGCCUCUGCUUUGGCUGCUCAGUUCGUUAUAAAGCACCAGGAGGCGGCUAAGAAGGCCGCCGCUCAGUCCACUACAGCAGAGACCAACAAUGCAUCUACUACCAGUGUUGGCAACACCUCAGCUGUGGCGCCUCCUCCUACAGAGUCCCCUUCAUCGGGUGCUGUCGAGUCCGGUGAGCUCCUGGAUAGCGAACUGUCGUCCUUUGUUGGACGAGUAGCUUUAACCGAGGAAGAUCACCACGUGCAUAAUCAUAUACUAGGAUCGAUCCUCUCAGUAGCACGAAGCCAUCUAGAUAUUGAGGCCACUAUUGAGACCUUCGGGUCGGCAGCUAGCGGUCUUUCCGAAAAGAGCAGUGACAUUGAUGCGACGAUUAUAUGCCGAUUUUCGGCCUUGAAAAAACGCUUUGCUGCAGCGGUUGACGAGAAAAGUCUAUGUUCAGCAGCCGUCCUGGGUUUGGGGAAAGCGAUUAGUAAAUUCGAGAAGGAAGCCCCGGGUGUAGGCCUUAGGGUUGUGCAGGUCAUCCCCUCAGCUAAGGUUCCAAUUGUGGUGUUGUCCUGGAUCGGCCCGAACGGCAACGUACAAAUCGUGGAUGUGAGUAUCAAUAAUCAACUACCUCUGCAUAACACCGCGUUAUUGCGGAACUACGUUGAAAUGGAUAAGCGGGUUCAGAUACUAGCACUUUGCGUUAAGCGAUGGGCUAAACUAUGCGGAAUUAGUGACGCCAAGCAGGGCAACCUCAGUAGCUAUAGUUGGACCUUGCUCUGCAUAUAUUUUCUACAAGUGCGGUCUAAGGGCGCCGUGCUACCGUCUCUACAGUCAAUGGCUGCUAGGAGGCGGCAGGGGGAGCAAGUGAGGCAUUAUUCGUGCCCCAUAAGUGGUCGCGUUUUUAACGUCGACUUUGUAGACAGAUUCGAGGCUACUACUGGAGACGAUGCUUUCGAGUCAGCGGACACCCCAUCAUCGGAGCUUCUGCGCGAUUUUUUCGUGUUUUAUGAUAGCGACUAUAAGUGGGGUACUGAGGUGGUGUCCAUUCGAAUCGGGGAGAGGCGUAAUAUAGAUGAAUAUUCACAACUACCGAGGCGGGAUACCGAGAACAAUGUUCUUAUAGAGGAUCCUCUGGACCUUAGCAGGAACCUCAACUGUGUGUUGGACUACGAGGGCCGUAUUAGACUUCGUCGAGCAUUUACCCUUUUCGCAGCUAAGGUAGCUGAUGCGACGAUGGAUGAGCUGUUGGUACAAGCUAAGACACUAACGAGGAUGCGGACGGGACCUACGGCUGCAGCAAUGGCAGCGAAACAUGCUCAGAGUGCUACGGGGGUCGGAGUUGCAGCUCCCCAUAGAGGGCUUACUGCGCCUACCUUGCAACAGCACACGGCAGCUAUGUCUCAACAACAGGGGCGUUCUGGGGGCAUGGAGUACAUGCGGUCAAGUCAUGAAGCAAGUGCUGACUAUCAAGGGCGAGGGCUAGGGUCUAUCAUGCAGGGUCCGAUGGGUGGCGGCGGUGGCGGUGUCGGGUAUAAUAUGGUGGAACUCGGGCAUAAUGAUUUCAGAGCAGCGCCGUCCAACUUGGUGUUGAGCCCUGUCACGAAUGGUCCGGGGGCGACUACUGGAAUUGAUGGCAUUAGAGGUGUACGAGUACAACAACAGCAGGCGAGCAGUGGGGGAUACCACUCCUUGACCAACUUCGAACGGAAUAGUGCGGACAGGAAUGAAUGCAGAUGUCUCAAGUUGGGACAUCUGCUGGGAUCUGUGGCAUUCGAGAGCUCUAAAUCGACGGGAACCAAGGGGAAUAGCGAACCUAGUAAAGGCGCCACUGAAAAGGACAGAACAGAGAUAAUUCAUACAGCGAUCCGAUACACUACCCAAGAUGAUUCUCACUUCAGAGGGAGGUUAAGAGGGGCAUGUGCAGGUGACUGGUGUAGGAAGGGCUUCCAUCAAUUCCCUGUCCUCAGCCAUAGUGCUACCAUCGGGCCAACAUCACCAUCACAGGCAGCCACUGCAAGCGCUAUUCUGAGGUCUGGAUCUGUUGGGACUUUGAAAGAGAGAACAAUGUCGGACGGACAGUUGGAAGCAGCGAAGCGAUAUAGUUCCACAGUAAUUGCUAAUGAAGUUGGUGAUCUAUUGGAGCCACCGGUCACACCGUUCAAACUGAAGCUCAUCCAUAGGAAGCUGAACUUAGUGAUGAGCGCGAUGACCAAACUAGAGAGGUCCCUGCGGGCUGAGAGGUCUCGGAGGCUGCUCAUUCAGAGGACUAAUGCAGAGCUGCAGGAACAAGUUGAUGACCUCGGUGAAGCCUUGACAGAGAGAGUGAAGAAUCUAGAACAGUACGAGGAAGCUGCUCGACGUGCCUUGGAAACGAAGGAGGAUUUUGAAAAGCAACUGGAUGAGAGACGGCAGACUCUGGAAAAUGAGGAGGAAAAGUUGCGGUCAUCGGUGGGGCUGGUGAAGCAACUUCAAGCGGAGGUCGAGGAGAAGCGCAGGGAGGUGGGGGACGCUAGAAAGCCGCCUCAAUUCGAUAAAAGGAGACGCACGAGUGUUGUUAUACGAUUAGAGUGA